GAUCAUAAUAUAAAUUAAGCAGCAAAUAUAAAGUGGGUGAAAAGAGAAGAGUGACUCAUUUGAUCAUUAAAGUUUAAAAAUAGGGAUCUAAUUUCUCAGCUAUUCAUCAAAAAAAAUUUCAUUAUUGCCAACUUUAUCAAAAUCAAAUCAAAAACCAAAGAGGAAGAAGAAGAUGAGUAGCUCUGAUCCACCACCACCAUCAUCUCACAACGUCUUCGUCUACGGUAGCAUUCUAGAACCCGCCGUCGCCGCCGUGAUCCUUGAUCGCACCGCCGAUACUGUCCCCGCCGUUCUCCAUGGCUAUCAUAGGUAUAAACUCAAAGGUCUUCCAUAUCCAUGUAUUGUACCUUUUGAAUCUGGAAAAGUCAACGGAAAGGUGAUAACUGGAGUAUCCGUUGCUGAGUUAAACAAUUUUGAUGUGAUUGAAGGUGUUGAUUAUGAGAGAGUUACUGUUCAAGUUGUAAGAGUGGACAAUGGUGAGAAGAUGAAGGUUGAAACUUAUGUUUGGGUUAAUAAAGAUGAUCCUAGAAUGUAUGGAGAAUGGGAUUACGAGGAAUGGAGAGUGGUUCACGCGGAGAAGUUCGUGGAGACGUUUAAGAAAGUAUUGGAAUGGAACAAGAAUCCAAAUGGCAAGAGUAGAGAAGAGGCUAUAGGGCCAUUGGUGUUGUCUCAGGAUUGAUUUGAUUGUUUGUUUUAUGAGCUGAAACAUCAUUUGUUAUUUAUCUACUACUCUUGGAAGGAGAAGAGUGAAUAACUGUUAUGAGUGUUUUUGAAAUUAUGUGUUUUGUGUGUUGUUGUUACUUCUAUGUGAUUUUUGUUUGUGUUAUUAUUAUGAAUCUCUUGUUGGUACGUUCUGGUUUCUGAAAUUUUCGAAUCUUGAAUCCGACUAGUUAGUCAAUACAA